AAAAACCAACCCCGCGAGAGUGAAACAACAGAGCCUCCAAAGAGAGCAAGUGAAUUUAAGUCACCUGUACCGCUGUGGUGAGAGAGCGAGAGAGAGAGCCAAAGAGCGGCGGGUAGACGGACACGGAAGGUGCGCACACUUGCACCGGGCGGCAUGGCACAUGGUUGGGCCUUCAAGAAAGCGCGACUGUUUAGUUGUUCGCCUGUUGUCAAGGAUACCGGGUCGGGUUAGUCGAACGAACACGAAUCACCAACCAACCAUCGUUGCGGACGGUUGCCCCAGCAACGGAAAACUGCAAACAGAUACUUGCCUCGGUGUUGUGUUGUGGCCCAUGUUAUCUACCGCGAACCCCCGUUUUGACCCACGAAAAAUCCAAUUCUACAGUGUGUGUGUGUGACUUCUCAGUGUAUUUGUGACCAUACUCCAGUUGAUCCUUCGAGCAUAUGUGGGGUUGCUAGCUGAAAAGUGUGUGUGUGUGUAUGUUGCUGUAUGUGUUCCGCUCCUGGUGGGUGACUUAAACCCCUGGCAUUAGGUUAUGUAGUGUUGUCCCUGUUGGUUUCGUUCCCAUCAUUCUUCCCACCUUAUCACGCACGCAAGGUCUCGCCCCCCAAAUUGUGCGGGAAGGACCUUCGUCUCUAGGCAGUGUGCGAAGGGCGAGCGGAUCAUUCGAAGUGCGCUGGCAAGUGUUAAGAUUUAGUAGGCAUUUGGAUUUAACAGUAACCGGGCGUGAGGAGUGUGCUACGACCGGGGAACGAGUGACCAGCGUGAGGGUUCUAGGUGCCCAAGACCCUGCGACUGGGUUUGAUCCGCAGUCAAGCAAUCAGUCGGUGACCGAAGGUCUACCAGAACCUACACGGACCAGUGCGUGUGCAGACCCGGUACGGCAAGGGUCACAGAACUGUGCUUCACCAUACAAGCACCAAAAAAGAGACCACCAUAAGACUGUGAAGUGUGAUGCAGUCUGCACAAAAUCGGCAAGCAGCGGUAUUCGGAAGCAAAUUCUGGCGAAAUCAAAAGAAAACGAAAAGCGUGUGAAUAAGAACGAGAUCUUCCAGUUUCCUAUCCUAUCGUAUCACGCAGUGAAGUACAAGUUAAAACGAGUAAAACGGGACUAGUAACGCUAGUUCACAGUGCACAGUGGCAGUACAGCAACAGUUCUAACAGUUUCGCGAAUAACUUCCAAAUAACCCGUAAGCGCAACAAAACGACCGGCAACUGAUCCGGUGUCUACCGUUAAGCGAACGUCACGGUGAUGUGAUUAACUGUGAGGACGGUGUGCGAGCAACUGUGCAGCGCCAAACGAAACGUACCAUGGCACCCCAAAACUCGACCCUGAUUCACAACGAUUCGACCGGGUCCGCUACCGUGCCGAACUCGGCCGAGGAGCUGAGCAGCUUCAGCCCGAUCCUGCCGCCAAGGAAUCAUCACCAUCAUCACCACCACCAUCACCAUCAUCACCACCGGUCCCACCAGCGGCACAGCCAACCCCCAUCAACCCGGGACGCUACCAGCACCCUUGACGGAAGGACGACGGGCGAUGAGACCACCAACAGCACCACGAACUUGGAGGAAGUUGCCGUAGCCACAACCACCACCAACCAUCAACGCCAAUCGACAUCGUCCGGUAACGUUGCAUCCACGUCCCGGGGUGGCAGUUUCCGCGGGACGGACCGGGAGUUGCAAUCGCUGCCGGCCGGUGGUGGUUGGUCGUCGGGUUGCGGUGAGACGAUACCGGAACCGGCACCGAAAACGUGUGGCACCGGCCGGGGUACUGUGAAGCGUGAGCUGCUAAAAUCAAUCCCAUACCAUAGCCACACGCACGAGCCCAAACCGUACGCCGAAAGUCUCGAAACGGACAGCAACGGAACGGACGAUACGGACGAUGCAUACGACGGGACGCCCGAACCGCCGGCAGCGGAACCACCAACCGGACCGUCCACCGAACCGGAUCCCACCGCCGCCGCCGACAUUGAAAUACCGAUCUGGAUCCGGGGCGAGGCACGGUUCGUAUCCGGCAUCAACGGUACGACCACGUGCAGCAACAUUAUCCGGGCGCUGAUCGACGACGAAAUCCAGAACGGAAACUAUGGCCCAGAAGAUGUCGCAGUGUCGCGUGACGUGAGCGAUUACGUGAUAAUAGAACGAUGGCGUGAGGUCGAACAGGUCCUGACUGGCGACACACGCAUCCUUUCCAUCUGGAAUGCGUGGGGCGACGCCAAGAACGAGGUGCAGUUUCGCUUGAAAAUAAAUAAAACGAACCUGGAAAAGGGCGCCGGCGUCAAGGAAAAUAAAUCGAAAAAGCAGAAGGAAAAGAUCGGACUCAUCAAUCGCAUGAUGCGCAAGGUGCUGAAGCAAGGCGAAGCCAUCCAGAAUCAUCUUUCGCAGAUCAGUCAAAAGUCCACGGAGAAGCGGCAGCAGGAAAAGUUUCGCAAGUACGUGCGCAAAAACUGUGGCAAACAUCUGAUCAUGGAGAACUUUCUGCACGACGCAGCCACCAACAAUCUGUCCGACGUUUCGGUCGACGGUGAACCACUGGUAGCGGUCGGGCACGAUCGUGAUGCGAAGGAUGCCAAAGUGCGGCGCAGUACAUUCCCGGGCAAGCUGCUGUUUAGCGCUCGCAAAACCACGUCCGCCGGCACUAAGCGUCCCGAGGAUAGGGUGGGCCGUGUCGUGAGGAACGUGCUGUUCGAAUCAUCCGAUCAGUUGGCUGAUGGGGCGAAAGCGAACGAGGACGAACUGUUGCUGGUGAUUGACCACACGUCGGACAGUGAUAGUGGGAUCUUCACCAACAAUCAUGCCCACAGCCGGCAGCCAGACUCACUGCCGAAACGGCCCAACUUUGGAUCGAUGGUAGAGAUCGACCGGUACACCAAGGAUGGCGAUGAGCUGGACGAGUUCGGCCCGAAUGACGAUCCCGCUGCCAAACGGCAGCAGAAGUAUCACCGGUCCAAGCGUCGUUACGAUUCCCUGCGCUGUCAUCAUCAGAACAGAAGGCGCGAGCUUCUCGAGUACGCCCUGUCGGAGGACGAUGGUGUGGCGUCCUCUAGCGGUGGCAGGCGAUCGGCCGAUCGUGACCAGGAGCUGGUGGAGCUGGUACGCGACAACGAUGACGACGACGACGACCAGCAAGCGAACGAUAAUGCGUCGGAGCGUGAGGAAGACUUUACCCCACCGGUCGAUGACUUCGAGUCGGAUCUGGAGCAGUGCGAGCUGGGCCGGGGCACCUUCAACCGUACCUCGUUCCGGUUCGACCUAAUAAGGCAAGAGAUCGCGACCAAGAUGGCGGAGAUGCAGCAGCUGCUCGAGCAGGAGGAAGAGUUGCUGCGCCGUCUCAAGCUGAAGAGUGCCAAAUUUCACGCAGAAAAUCAAAUCUACCGUUCUCACAUCGGGCUCGACUUUCACGUCGAGCGGCUGCAGCAGUCGAUCGAUCGGUGCGCGAAGGAGAUUAUCGAGAUCGAGCAGCAGCUGCUGGAAACCAAGAUGGAGAUCGAGGAAAAGUCACCGCUGAUCGAUAACUUACGAUCGUUGCUCGAAGCGCAGGAAGCUGGCCUAUCGGCCUACCGGCGGCCGGCAAAAGCAUCAAACGAACGACCACCGCAAGAACAGCGGUACGGUAUGACGACCACCUACAUGCGGCCCGGUUCGGCCAAUGAACCGGAAGCGCUUAAUGCGGACACGAGCUUUACCGUUGCCCCGCCAGCGGCAGCAUCACGCACCAGCCUCCAGGCGUCGGGCCGGCAGCGCAAAUCGUCCAACCCGACCGUACAAGCGAACGAGUCGGUCGAGUUUGUGGACAAUAUUUACGAAUUUUGUGAUAAUAAUCAAAGUUUUGUCGUUUGAAACCACCGGGAACCCCAAAAACGGUCGAAACAUGCGCCAACUGUUUACCUAGGUUUAGCACACGUAGUACGUAGUAGGUUAGGAGUUGGACUAGGAAGUUCGCCCGUUUGUUAAUGUUCCCACCCGCCGGGGCAAGCCAGGAAGGCUGCGAGAUGUUAGGGAAACGCUUCAACAAGGAACACGCUUAGGUGUACACGUGACCCUUAUUUAAACAACAACGAAUGUUACAGUUAUAUUUUUAUCUGUUAUAUACGAAUGCCCGUAACCUGAUUCCGUCCCUCGAGAGAUAAAAGCGGUACGUUAUAUUUAAAUAAAUAUUUACCCGUGCGACAGUAACCCGAACUAGGUGCUGGGAUAUCUAA